AUGUAUAGCAGGAUGUUGAGUUUCUUCAAAAGGUGGAUUGGUGCUGGGAAUGAGAGACUCUUUUACACAACUAAGGAGACAGCAGCCAGACAAGCGGAUCCAGCCCUUAAGGCCAAGACUAAAUCGGCAAAGGAGCAUGAGGCCAAGAAGGAUCAUGUGGAGGCCGGUAAUUGGUAUAAUGAAGCAGAUACGGAAGAGCAGAAAAAGGAUACGCAGGAAUAUGAUGAUGCAGAGCCAGAGAGACACACUCAAUACAUUGAGUCAGUUGAGUCAGUUGUUGAGAUCAUCAGUAAAAAUCAUCAAAAAUCCGAGCUGAUCGCUCAGAAAAACAAGACCCUCCACAUGAGCACCCAGGCAGCAGAGGUUAACAAAGUUGCAUGUGGGAAAUACAAAGGCAAGGGAAAGCAGAAGGCAACUUCACCUCCCAAACCCACAUCCCAUUCUAAGCUCAAACCGACCCUGGUUUUCAAGCCCAGACCAACCCCCAUUAUGAGGUCCAACCAACCUCAAGCUGGUCCUGCUCCCAAGGUCAACAACAAACCUGCUCAAGUUGCUCCUGCCUGCAAGGCUACACCAGUCCAAGCUAGUGCUCCCAAGGGUAAAGUAUCUGACCUCUUCAACAUCCUCCAUAUGGUGGAGGAGUUUUGGUACAAGAAAUUUCUGUCUUAUGCAGUUGUGUAA